CAUGUUUUGAGGAGAACGAAAACCAUACCCUGGGCGGUCUCACCUAUGGGUCAAGAGAUGUGGACACAAUGAGGAGGCUAAUAUUGGGUCAGUUGAACGGAAACAAACCGUUGCAGAUCGAAAAGACGUCAUUGUUCCCCGCGUACAAAGAAAUUUACUCCAUUUUCAGCCACACAAUCCACGAUUGUGAGAGUCACACGGUACUUCUUACUGGAGCAUCUGGCUCAGGCAAAACAGAAAUUGUCAAGCAGGCGUUGGCAAAGCUACAAGAACUGAGUGGGAGUAAUUUCAUCACAAUUCUGCUCAGUGGCUCUCUACAACCCACGGAGCAACAUGCCAUUCGUGAAAUCGCCAGGCAGCUCGACAUGAAACUCAAGAACUUUGGCGGACACACGGACGAAGACACCUAUGAGCAAAGGGCCAUCAGUGACACCUUCCAAAACAUUCUCUCCACCCUAUCCAAGCUAGAUGAUCCCGUGGACCUGUCCACAAAGAAGGGGCUGCUGAUUCGAGUCGUAUUUCUCAUUGACGAGAUCGAAAAAUUCACGGAAAACCCAAGGCAGACGUUGCUCUACAACCUCUUUGAACUAUCACAGGAAUCCAAAGUACCCAUCUGCAUUCUUGGGAUUACGCUGAAAGUCACGAUCCGUGACUACUUUGAAAAAAGAGUCAAGAGUCGCUUCAGCCAGCGGAUGGUGCAAACAAAACGAGCCGAUGAUAUGGAGACCUUUUGGCAAGAUGCGAAGGGUUUUCUCACAGUGCCUGAGACAAGCCUCGACUGUUUUGAAAAUAAAGAUUAUCCCAGGCAGUGGAACAAAAAAAUGGAGCAGCUUUUCCAGGAACGCCUGGGACUUAAGAGCAUUUUCUACACUACAUACUUCACCACGAAGAGCUACCGACUGAUUUAUAACCAGUGCACAUUUCCCGUGAGCAAGAUCAGCAUCUCAAGCCCAUUUCCAAAGUCGACCGAUUUUGAAAUGUACCUGAAAAAUGACCUUCGUGGUAUCGAGGCCAAAAUACUCUCAUUGGCACCUCUAGAAUUACUCGUGGUGGUAGCCGCCGCGCGGUGGAUCGCGAGAUCUGACACGCCGCAAGUCAACUUCAAAUUAAUGUACAGGGAGUACUCCGAGAUGAUGGAAACCAACAAUUUGGAAACAACUACGUUGAGCUCCAAGACGUCGUAUAUUGACAAUAUGAGUUUGAUGGGCAUCAAAGUGGAGAGAAAAUUACACUCGCCCAACGUGCUCCAGAGUUGCUGGCGGUUUGUGUACAGGUCAGGAAUAUUGUUUGACGUAAUCUCGAACAACCAUGAGGUAAAUGCCGCAAACAACCUGAACCUGUACAGGGAAUCGAUGAUUGAAGAUUCGAAAAUGCUCCAGCUCGACAUUUCUUUGGAGGAGCUUGCGAAAUUGGUCCCUGGCGAUAGUUUUGUGCGGCGUUUCACUCGGUUGUAAAGUUGGUUUCAGAAAUAUGCGCGCGAGAGCCGUCGGUUUCAGUUUCAGGUUUCAGGUUUAUGUACCGGAACAAAAGUUCUUUCUCGCAUAUAAGGUACCAUCCGGUGGGGGCCCACCUCUGGUACGAUAUCUCUUC